GUUUGCCUCACAGAGCGCAAACAUGGCGGAUGAUGGAGAGUCGCUGGAGUCCUGGCUCAACAAAGCCACAAAUCCCUCCAACAGGCAGGAAGACUGGGAAUAUAUAAUGGGCUUCUGUGACCAGGUCAAUAAGGAGCUAGAGGGCCCACAAAUAUCCGUUAGACUGUUGGCGCACAAGAUUCAGUCCCCUCAGGAGUGGGAGGCAAUACAAGCUUUAACGGUUCUUGAGGCUUGUAUGAAGAACUGUGGGCGAAGGUUUCACAAUGAAGUUGGGAAAUUUAGGUUUUUGAAUGAAUUAAUUAAGGUAGUUUCACCCAAAUAUCUGGGAGACAAAGUGUCAGAGAAAGUGAAAGCAAAAGUCAUCGAAAUGAUGUACAGUUGGACUGUCUCUCUACCAGACGAAGCAAAGAUCUGUGAAGCGUAUCAGAUGCUGAGGUCCCAGGGUAUUGUCUUAGUUGACCCAGAAAUCCCUCUUGAUGCCACAUUAAUACCAUCACCAUCUCCGCGACCAAAGAAUCCUGUGUUUGAUGAUGAGAAGAAAAGCAAGCGAUUAGCUGAGCUGCUGAAGAGCAAAAAGCCUGAAGACCUGCAAGAGGCCAAUCGACUGAUCAAGAACAUGGUCAAGGAGGACGAGGUACGAACACAGAAGGUGACAAAGCAGAAAAGCACACUGGAGGCAGUCAACAACAGCGUCAAACUCCUCAGUGAGAUGCUCGCUCACUUCAGCCCUGAAGACUCUACAGAUGGAGACAAGGAGCUCAUUAAGGAGCUGUAUGGUGAUUGCGACAAGCUCAGGCAAACAGUGUUUCAACUCGCCACUGAGACUGAGGAUAAUGACAGCAGCUUAGGAGACAUCCUGCAGGCUAGUGAUGACCUCUCCCAUGUCAUAAAUUCCUAUAAGAAGAUUGUGGAAGGACAGACCAUCAAUGGGGAGACUGAAGCACAACAAACACAAUCAUCAGUCAGACAAGGAACAAACCAGUCAGAGAUUCUGAUUGACCUGGUGGGUCUGGACAACCAGAGCGUGGCUCAGUCACAGCAGCAACCCCUGACAUCCUCUCUAUCUAUUCCUGCUGACCUGCUGUGUGGCUCUGCUGCUAGUGAUUCUCAGUCCCCCAGCCUUGGUGCACCCUCUGCAUCACUCUCUCUGCUGGAUGAGCAGCUGUUAUCUUUAGGCCUCAACGAACCUGUUUCUGUUCCAAAUAAAUCAACAAGUGUAAACCUGAGCACUCAUUCUUCAUCUUUACAGAUUUCCAGUCAAGAUUUUGAUCUUUUUGACACAACUUCGUCUUCGAAUCCUGCACUCUCCUCACCUUCGUUAUUUCCUGAUGCCCUCUCUGUGAUGGCACCUCCUGUUAGCUCCACCGUAACUACAUCUACAGUCGACUCUGCCUUGAGCUACCCUGGACCUGUGUUCUCCAUGCCUCCGGUUUCUACAGACUCUGUCUCAACAACACCAUUCACAUUCCCAGAGCCCCUCAGUUCAGUGCUGACUACCAAUUUUCCAGCUGCUCUUCCUCCAUCAUUCAGCAUGCCCCUGCGUGCUUCGUCAGCCACUCCAUCACAGCAGGUUUCAACUUCACCCGAGGCAUCCCACUCGCUGUCCUCUUCUCUCACUCACAAUCUACAAGACCUUGCCUUGCUGGAUCUGGGCAGCCCAAAAAAUACACCCAGUGGGAUGGACUUUUGCAGCCUGCAGGUCAAGAGUGAGGAUCUGCUCGCUCCUGCUCCACUGUCUUCCAGUCUCGCCGUCACCUCCACCACGUCCACCUCACUGCUCCUGAGAGGCUCCACUCCCUCAUCUGCCCAGAGUCUGGCAGAUGACAGCCCUCUGUUACGCUCUCUGUCCCCCAUCCUCCCUCUGAGCCAGGCCAGUCCAGGCAGGGGACAUGAGGUGUCCCUGGCUAAUGUCUUUGUUCCUUUGGAUGCAAUCAAGCCAAGUCAAGUGUGUCCUGUGACGGCAUAUGACAAAAACGGCAUCCGUGUUCUGUUGCAUUUUGCCACCGACUGUCCAGCAGGUAGACCUGAUGUACUUGUGAUGGUGGCGUCCAUGCUGAACACAGCUCCACUGCCUGUCAGUAACAUUGUUCUGCAGGCUGCUGUGCCCAAGAUGAUGAAAGUGAGACUGCAGCCACCCUCGGGCACAGAGCUGGCUCCUUUUAACCCAAUCCUGCCCCCUGCUGCCAUCACUCAGGUCAUGCUGCUUGCCAAUCCUCUCAAGGAAAAGGUCCGGAUGAGAUACAAGCUGACAUUCACGCUAGGAGAGCAGUCGCACACUGAAGUCGGGGAGGUGAAUGAGUUUCCGCCUGCUGACAGAUGGGGGGCCCUAUAGCCCUACCAGACGAGACAAGGCGUCUUAAACAACUGAGUUUGUCAGUGCAGCUCAGAGAUCAAGAGAAAGGACAGUAGUGGAAGGCUUUUAGGAAAUUUUGAAGAACAUAAAUGAACAUAAACUUAAAUGGACCUUGAAGGAUUUUUUUCUGCUCGAGAUGGAGUAGCCAAAGUCCUGUAGCAUACAUCCAACUUACUUUACUGCAGUGCCAGAGGUAGUCAGUGUGGUGCACUAAUGAAUGGUUUAAAGUGAACAUGGACAGUUAUGUGGGGAAUAAAUCGAAGAUGAUAAAUAUUGCUAAGUUAUUUUUAUAUUUUUACUAUUAUUAUAAUACCCGUUUUCUCUCAUUUUAAUGUUCAUAUAUACAUCAGUCCCUCAGAACUGAUCAGAAAGUACUUGCACUUUUUGCUGCCAGACAGUCUAAACAUACAGCAAACACACGCGUUGAAGGAGAUUGUGAAGCCAUGGUCAUAUGAACAUGUGACCCCAACCCUCAUUUCACAUGAUUUGGUGCUGACGGUGUAUGAUAACAAUAUUUGACGCUAAAGAAUUUAGACUGGAGCAGACAAGAGCCCCUCUGUUGCCACAGAGGCUCAUUAAGAAUCUGUUACUGCCAGUUGACCUCUUCCACUACGCCUCACAGUUACUGCUGAAUAGUUUCUGACUCAAACUCCUGUUAUGCUUUUUAGUCUUUCAGUAUUUAUUAUUAUGAAUGUAUUAUUUAUUUUGGUUUAGGGAGGAACAUCUGUUCAGUAACUGUAUUGUGUUGCCAUCGACAGCUGUAUUCUUUCUGCUGUCUCUUCUUAUGAUGGACACUAUCAGUAUUGCAGUAAGAAAGGCACAGAUCAGUAGGGGUCUCUCUAGGAGGCUUUAAUGUUACAAAAUAUCCAGACAGGUAUUUUAUGAUAUGUUACAUUCUGUAGGGGCAGGUUGGAUUCUGAUGAAUUACAUGUCUCAUUAAAUGGUCAGGCUGUGCGCUCGGAAUAACAUUUUAAUAUAUCAAUGUAAUUCCUGUGAGAUAUAACAGCAGCCUUGUGCCAGAGACAUGAUACACUUUUCCUUUGCAGGCACAAAAUAAGCUAUUAAGGAUAAGGGUCAACUGGUUACAUGAAGUGGAAGUGUUUAAGGUAGACUUAAGUCAGACUUAAGACAAAGUGAAUUAAAUGCCAUGUGUAACUUUACCCCUGCUCCUGCAGUUAGACAUUGUUGUGGAGACCAAGCUAAAGGGUUAGGUUAUUCCCCCUAGGUCAACUGUAAAUGUUAAGGUUGUGUGGGCUCUUCCUGCAUCAAACUAGGAAAAGAUUUCUUUGAGUAAGUCAUGACAUAAUAUAUCAAUAGUAAAAAAAAAAAGUUGGUUGUUAAUUUAAAGCA